GAGGGGCCGGAGCAUCAGCGUGAGUAGCUGGGAGCAGCCGCGGCGGCGGCGGCGCGUUGUUGCAGUUGCGCCAUCUGUCAGGAGCGGAGCCGGCGGGGAGGGGGCUGCCGCGGGAGAGGAGGAGGGGUCGUCGUGACCGAAGGCCGCCGAGACUCGCCCGCCGGCCGGCCGCAAAAGCAGAGGCAGAGUACCCUCCGAGCCGCGCGUUCUCUCCCGUCCGGGCGCACGGCGCUUCAGCCAGCGCACCGAGAGCUCUCCGGGCGCACACAAAGCCGCCGCCCGCGCCGCACCGCCCGGCGGCCGCCGUCCGCGCCUGGGAAGGAUCCGGCCGCCGGGCCGGGGACACCCGGCGCCGCCCCCUCGGCGCUCUCGGAAGGCCCACCGGCUCCCGGGCCCGGCGAGGAGCCACCGGAGCCGCCUCGGCCGCGCCGGAGAAGGGCGGGGAGAAGACCAUGUGAAUGGGCUCCGGAGCCUGAGCGCCGCGCAGUUUUUUGAAGAAGCAGGAUGCUGAUCUAGACGUGGAAAAAGACCGGUCCAGCAGCUGUAGAAGAAGACAUGUGGUGUAUAUAAAGUUUGUGAUAGUUGGGGGAAAUUUUGGUAAAGUGGAGACCAGCUAAAGGGAUGGUGAAUGGUACCAGCAGGAAACAUGCCACAUCAGAGUGCAGGCCAGUGUGGCUCGACCUGUCACUCUUCCAAGUCUGCACUGUCAGCAGCAAGGAUGGGAACUUCUGAGACAGAAGUGCUCACACUGCUGAAAUUAAAAUUAUUUGUUGUCACUUUCACCUGCCUUCCUCCGGCCAUCCCUCCUCUGCCUCCAAGUUUAUGUGUCUCGAGAGAAGGAAUUUAGAUAAUGGGCUGUGUGCAAUGUAAGGAUAAAGAAGCAACAAAACUGACGGAGGAGAGGGACGGCAGCCUGACCCAGAGCUCCGGGUACCGCUAUGGCACAGACCCCACCCCGCAGCACUACCCCAGCUUCGGCGUGACCUCCAUCCCUAACUACAACAACUUCCACGCAGCGGGGGGCCAAGGACUCACCGUCUUUGGGGGUGUGAACUCUUCAUCUCAUACCGGGACCUUGCGUACCAGGGGAGGAACGGGAGUAACCCUGUUUGUAGCCCUUUAUGAUUAUGAAGCACGGACAGAAGAUGACCUGAGUUUUCACAAAGGAGAGAAAUUCCAAAUAUUGAACAGCUCGGAAGGAGAUUGGUGGGAAGCCCGCUCCUUGACAACUGGAGAGACUGGUUACAUUCCCAGCAAUUAUGUGGCUCCAGUUGACUCUAUCCAGGCAGAAGAGUGGUACUUUGGAAAACUUGGCCGAAAAGAUGCUGAGCGACAGCUUUUGUCCUUUGGAAACCCGAGAGGUACCUUUCUUAUCCGUGAAAGUGAAACCACCAAAGGUGCCUAUUCACUGUCAAUCCGAGAUUGGGAUGAUAUGAAAGGAGACCACGUCAAACAUUAUAAAAUUCGCAAACUUGACAAUGGUGGAUACUAUAUUACCACCCGGGCCCAGUUUGAAACACUUCAGCAGCUUGUACAACAUUACUCAGAGAGAGCCGCAGGUCUCUGCUGCCGCCUAGUAGUUCCCUGUCAUAAAGGGAUGCCAAGGCUUACCGAUCUGUCUGUCAAAACCAAAGAUGUCUGGGAAAUCCCUCGAGAAUCCCUGCAGUUGAUCAAGAGACUGGGAAAUGGGCAGUUUGGGGAAGUAUGGAUGGAGAAAGCUGAUGGUUUAUGUUUUAACUUAACUCUGAUUGCAUCGAGUUGUACCCCACAAACCUCUGGAUUGGCUAAAGAUGCUUGGGAAGUUGCACGUGAUUCAUUGUUUCUGGAGAAGAAGCUGGGUCAGGGGUGUUUCGCUGAAGUGUGGCUUGGUACCUGGAAUGGAAACACAAAAGUAGCCAUAAAGACUCUUAAACCAGGCACAAUGUCCCCGGAGUCAUUCCUUGAGGAGGCACAGAUCAUGAAGAAGUUGAAACAUGACAAGUUGGUCCAGCUCUACGCGGUGGUGUCUGAGGAGCCUAUCUACAUUGUCACUGAGUACAUGAAUAAAGGAAGUCUACUUGAUUUCUUAAAAGAUGGGGAAGGAAGAGCUCUGAAAUUACCAAACCUUGUGGAUAUGGCAGCACAGGUUGCUGCAGGAAUGGCUUACAUCGAGCGCAUGAAUUACAUCCACAGGGAUCUGCGAUCAGCAAACAUUCUAGUGGGGAAUGGACUAAUCUGCAAGAUUGCUGACUUUGGAUUGGCCAGAUUGAUCGAAGACAACGAGUACACAGCAAGGCAAGGUGCGAAGUUCCCCAUUAAGUGGACGGCUCCUGAAGCAGCCCUGUAUGGGAGGUUCACGAUCAAGUCUGACGUGUGGUCUUUUGGAAUCUUACUCACAGAGCUGGUCACCAAAGGAAGAGUGCCAUACCCAGGCAUGAACAACCGGGAGGUGCUGGAGCAGGUGGAGCGCGGCUACAGGAUGCCCUGCCCGCAGGACUGCCCCAUCUCUCUCCACGAGCUCAUGAUCCACUGCUGGAAGAAGGACCCGGAAGAACGGCCCACUUUCGAGUACUUGCAGGGCUUCCUGGAAGAUUACUUCACCGCCACAGAGCCCCAGUACCAGCCCGGUGAAAACCUGUGAGACCGGGGUCUGCAGAGAGAGGCCUUCCGGCGAGGCUUCCCCGCCCCCUCCCCAUUAGCUUUCAGUUCCGUAGCCAGCUGCGCGGGCAGUGCGAGCCGUCCCGGAUCAGAUUGCAUGUGACUCUGCAGCUGACGAACUUCCAUGGCCCUCAUUAAUGACACUUGUCCCCAAAUCCGAACCUCCUCUGUGAAGCAUACGAGACAGAACCUUGUUAUUUCUCAGACUUUGGAAAAUGCAUUGUAUCGAUGUGAUGUAAAAGGCCAAACCUCUGUUCAGUGUAAAUAGUUACUCCAGUGCCAACGACCCUAGUGCUUUCCUUUUUUUAAAAUGCAAAUCCUAUGUGAUUUUAACUGUCUUCACCUGAUUCAACUAAAAAAAAAAGUAUUAUUUUCCAAAAGUGGCCUCUUUGUCUAAAACAAUAAAAUUUUUUUUCAUGUUUUAACAAAAACCAAUCAGGACAGGUGUUUGGUUUUUUCUUUUUUAUAAUAUGAAUAUAUAUAAUAUAUAUGUCCCUGUAUAUACGCCAUGUGGGUGCUAAUGUGGAGACCAUGGCCCACUUGGGCCGUUAACGCCUCGGGACCCAGAGUGAGGAUUUUACUGCCAAAUCAGCAUAAAAGCACUGCUGUCAUCCUGCAAACCAGUGGCCUCCUUUUUGGCUGUUGCAAAGCAUGAUCCUUUUUCUUUUUUCUUUUUUUUUUCUUUUUUUUUUUUUAAUUUGGAUUGCACUUUUUUGGUUCAUGAUUGUACCUGUAGAUGGCUGUUCCUUUGACUCUUUUCAAGCAGCCCCAGAGCUGAAUUCACAAGUUCUGUUUCCAGUAUUUGCUUUGACUUAACUGCGAUUUGUUCUCGAAGUCUAAAAGCAUAUUGAAGCAAGCAAAUGGCCAAUAACUACCAGGGGAACUGGAAGAUGGAUACCACACAUACUUCUUGUAUAAAAAUAUGAAUGCUGAAAUGUUUCAAACUUUUUUUAUUUAAUAAACCUUGUAACCGCAUUUAAAUGGUCUAAAA